AUGAUGGGACGAAUUAUCUGGCCGAUCAGUGUGUUCACUGGGAUUUUUGUGGUUGCCGUUGGUGUUGCCGCAGCUUUUUGGGGAGGUGAUGCCAUCAAGACGUUUGUCGAGGAGUGGAUGAACCAGGGUGGAGCUUCUUUCCCUAUUCUGCCUGAUGGGACUAUGGUAACUGAGGAAUUGGGGGUGUGGAUGGGCGCGCUGGGUGAAAAGAUGGAACAGACAGGUGUUCCUCAUGGGCAAUGGUUCGAUGUAGUGAUUGAGGCGUUACGUCGACGGUUGGAGACUUUUUGA